AUGGCCUACCGUGCGAGCAUGCCCAUCCACACAGAAGUUCGCAGCUCUUCAGAUAGCGGACGCCACGACUACGUCCUCGAGUGGGAUGAUUUGGUCUACUUGCACUUGAACAGACUGGCCCUGUUUGCACAACCUGCCCAAGAUGACUACGCCGCGCCUUGCCCUGGCUACGAGCCAGGCCCAGAGGAUACCACCCCGCCGGUUCGCUUCAGGACACGCACAGCGCCCACUUCUGCACAGAUCAGCACGCCUGAGCCAGCGAUGCACACUCCUCUUGGAGCCUCUGAUUUGCCUACUACAAUGGAUGCACAUAUGGGCCCCACUGAGCCCCAUCCUGGAGCUACGAGAUCUACUCCUCUUGGAGUUUUCAACUCAGCUUCUGCAAGUGAUACGCCUAUGGGUCCCGCUGGGCCCCCCUUUGAAGCUAAGCGUGACACUCCUCUUGGAGCCUCCGACAUGCCUUCUACAGCCAAUGACUUCAUGCCUUCCAAGCCCAACGAGCCUCACGACCUGGUGCACAUAAGGUCCCUGCUCGUAUAUAUGCACAAUCACCUGGCCUGCCAAGACGCAAUGGGCCGCACUCUGAUGCAGGCAGAGGAAUCCAGACGCCUGGAGCUGCACGCAGUCUCUGCCCAACUGCAGGAAAUACGCACCAGCCUGACCUUCGCCCAGCAGGCCUACGCCGACCUCAGGCAUGAGCUCGACAGCAUCGCAGCCGACUUUCUGGCCUAUCGCAUUCGCACAGAAGCGGAGAUGUCAAGCCUUAGGGAAGCCUUGGGGCCCAUGCCCUCCCAAAUCAAUACCCUCAAGCGUAUUGCAAUACUGCCUUACAAUGCACAUCUUCAGGCCCUGCGUACCUUUCAGGUCCCGGCGAACAGGUGGGAAGAGGCAAAUCCCCAUGCCCUGUUGCGUAGAGAGCUUCUACACCUAGAGGAUCGCCUUCUUCGCCUAGAAGCUGCACAGCCCCCCGUGUGGUUCUGA